AUGUUUGAAGUUGUAGAUGUUGAUGAUGACUUUACUGCCCCAGCUCUUGAAAAAGAGAUAUUCAAUUUACUUGCUCGGAAUAAUAUCUGUGUUGGAAAUAUGCGGGGGCAAGGGUACAAUGGUGCAAGGAGUAUGCGUGACGCAUGGAAUACAUUACAAGCAUCGUUUCUCAGAGAUUCCCCAUGUGCAUAUUAUGUACAUUGCUUUGCUCAUGAUCUGCAUGUAGCAUUGUUCACUGCAACUUAUGAAGUAUUUGCUAUGUACAUAUUUUUUAAAGCGCUGCGCUCCAUUGUCAGUUUUCUUAGUGUUUACUCCAAUUGUCAUUCUGAUCUAAAGCCAGCUGGAGAUGUUGAAAUUGCAGAUUUGAUUGCUUUUGUAGAGCUUGAGUCACAGAGUUUCCAACGAGACCCAACUGUGAGUUGGAGCUUCCAUUAUGGUUUGAUUACUAGAUUGAUUGAUAUGUUUGAUGCUACUUGCACAUUUCUUGAAAACAUUGAAACAAGUAGACUGAAUGCGGAUAUACGUGGGGAAGCUUGGGGUAUUUAUAACGUGGUAGCAUCCUUCGAAUUUGUAUUUAGCUUGCUGUUGUUUAAAGAAAUUAUGGAAAUCACUGGUGAAGUUUGUCAAGCGGUGCAACGGAAAUCUCAGCCCAUCUUGAAUGCUUUUGACUUGGUCUCAAGUACAAAAACUAUCCUUCAGAAGUUUCAACAAGAUGGUUGGGAUAAUUUCAUUGGAAGUGUGGUAUCAUUUUCUGAAAGAAAUUCCAUAAAUAUUCCUGAUAUGGGUGCUAGUCAUAGGGUGCACAAAUGUCGUACUUCUCAGCAAGAAUUUAUUACAAUUGAGCAUCAUUAUCACAUUGAAAUAUUCAAUGCGGUAAUAGAUUUACAGUUGAAGGAGUUAAACAGUAGGUUUCCACAGCAAACAAUGGAACUUUUUAUUCUUAGCUCAGCUUUAGAUCCUACUGAUGCAUUUAAAUCAUUUAAAAUUGAUGAUAUUUGCAAUCUUGCUGGGAAGUUCUAUCCUCAAGAUUUCACUCAAGAUGAGAUGCAUGCUUUGAGACUACAAUUGAAAAACUAUGAGCUUGAAGUUCUUUGUGAUCCACAGUUUCGGAAUAUGUCUUCUCUAUCUGAACUUUGUCAAGGAUUAAUUGAAACAGGAAAGUCAGCCUUGUAUUUCUUAAUCGACAGAUUGAUUCGUCUAGUGUUGACUCUUCCAGUUCAUACGGCAAUGACUGAACGAGCAUUUUCAGCAAUGGGACCUAUCAAUGAACUCUGCAACAAGAUAGAAGACGAGUUUCUCCCAAAUUAUUUGGUUGUCCACAUUGAGAGAGAUCACGCUGAAAGUAUUGAUUCAGAUUCAGUAAUAGAUGAUCUUUAUUCUGUGAAUCAUGCGAGGGCACUACUUCAAUAG